GGGAAGGAGACACUGAAGGAGGCAGUGAAGGAGAAAGGGAAGGGGGGAUGGAUGGAGUCUGAGUCCGCUCUGAUCCUCCGGUCUUUGGGGAGUCAUGACCUCUCAGGAGGAGGCGUCUUCCUUCAGGAGGUUUUUUCAGUAUGUGGAGGACAGUGGACUUCGGACAUACGACGGUCUGGUGAUCCAGAACGCCUCAGACAUUGCCAGAGAGAGCGAUCGCAUCCGUAACCAGACCAACUGGACUUACCUGCAGGAAAAACACCAGAAGAAGAGACGGCAGGAAGAAGCCAUCAAGAGGAUUGGCGAAGAUGUUGCCGUGACAACAGAUGGAGCAUACUCCAGGAAACAUUUCAGGAUGGGUUUCAUGACCAUGCCGGCACCACAGGACCGACUACCACCCCCGAACCAGGGCUUCACUGUUCGAUCCCAGUCUCUCCACUCGGUGGGCGGAGGAGACGACGACUCCAACCACAACAGAAAACAGCCCCCACCCAAACCGAAGAGAGACCCCAACACCAAGCUGAGCAGCAGCUCUGAGAUGGUAAAUGGAGGCUCCGGAGUCACCAGGAGAGACCACCAAGAGACCAAAGAGACAGUGGAUCAGGCAGAGGCUCGAUGCCCUCUCUACAGCGAGGACUACAAGAAGAUGCCUCCUCCUAAACCGAAGAGGAACCCAAACACACAGCUCAGCACCUCCUUUGAUGAGUGCUACAUCCACAAUCAUGGCAAAAAGAAGUCUUCCUUACGGGGGGAUAAAUCUUCGUCCCUGAGUCAGAGUCCGGCGUCCAGAGACACAGAUGACGAGGAGCCAGUUUACAUCGAGAUGGUGGGAAACAUCCUGCGAGAGUUGAAAGGUCAGGAAGCCAUAGAUGACGAGCAGAGCGAAUCAGUGUACGAGGAGAUGAAGUACCCGAUGUUGGAGGACUUCCUGCAUGACACUCACUCUGCCAUCAUGGAUCCUGAAGCCUGGUCUCGCGGAUCUCUCUGUGACAUCCCUCCACCCUUCCCCAACCUCUUGACUCACCGCCCGCCGCUGCUCGUCUUCCCCCCUGCCCCUGCCCAGUGCUCCCCCAACUCUGAUGAGUCCCCCCUCACACCCUUAGACGUCACUCGACUGCCCAUGUUAGAAAAUGUCUCCUACAACAAAUCGGGUGGUUUCGAACACCCGCAGAGCUCCACCCACCACCGAAAGGAACGAGACCGGGACCGAGACCUACCUUCCACCCACACCAUCACGUCCUCCGGCCGCUCAUCGGCUCCACCUCUCCCCUCCAACCUCUACAAGUCAUCUUGCUCUGGCCACAGCGGUCACGGUUACCCCCGCAGCCAAUCAGCAUGCCCGUCUCCGGUCAGCAUGGGUCGCUCUCUGACCCCUCUGAGUCUGAAGAGGCCGCCGCCAUAUGACAUUCUGAUGGCUGGAGGAAGCAUGCCUCGCUCUUCAUCUUCAUCUUCGUCAUCCUCACACAGAGCGGGCGAGGGCGGAGCUAAACUCAGCAACUCCUCCUCCGCACACGGCUCCAUGCAGAACGUGUCGAUGAGGUCACAGACUCCAACGAGCCCAUUGGAUGAACUCAACAACCUGUUUACCUCAGGUAGACAGAUGGUGAAGCGAGGAUCAGGAGGCAGGAAGAGCAGGGACGGUGAAGGAAACAGCAGGUCUCUGCCCAGACACGACAGUAAAGACAGAGAUGGACAGUCCAGUCCAGUUUCCAGCAGAGUGGGGAGGUCAUCUGUCAGCCCCACAGCGAUGUUGUCUGGAGGAGGAGGUGAGUAAGUCCACCACAACACAACAGAAUCAAAGUCCGUCUGUAAACUUGGCCGUUCGGCCUCAACAUCAGGAGUUCCUUCACCUGGUGGGACGCCACAGCGCCACCUGCACGAAACGCCUCAUCCUGCCCUCAGUCAGAUGCCGUGGCUCUGCGGCGACGCCACCAUGAUGGAGAUGAUCGAAAAGAAGAGAGUUUUGUGUCGAGAGAUCAAAGCUCGUCAGCGACCGGAGAAGAAUCUGUGCAAACAGGACAGCAUGCCGAUCCUGCCCAGCUGGAAGAGGAAACAGCCCCCGCCAUAUUCAGCCCCACCUGCCACCGGGGCCGCCGGACAGACCGCCACGGUGUUCUGGGACACGGCCAUCUGA